GGCUCGGCCGAGCGGAUCAAGAAGGAGAUCGGCUCCGCCUGUCCGCCCGAGGACGGCGAGGGGGCGACCCUGGAGAUCAAGGGACGCGACCUGAUGAACGGCGUGCCCAAGGAGCUGGUGAUCUCCGAGCGGCAGAUCGCCGAGGCGCUGGCCGAGCCGGUCUCGGCGAUCAUAGAGGCGGUCAAGGGNNCCGGCGGCGGCGCGCUGCUGGGCAACCUGGACUUCGUGCUGCGCGCGGCCACCGGGCUGCCGGUGUCGCUCGCCGACGACCCCCUGUCCUGCGUCGCGCUCGGCACCGGGCGCUGCCUGGAGGAAAUGAAGACGCUGAAGAACGUCCUGAUCUCGAUGGUGUGCGUGAAACAGAGACCCGGUACGGUGGUGCGCCUGGCCACGCCCGUGAAGGCGUGGGCGCAGCGCUUCGCGGUCUUCCUGCUGAUCGGCGCGACCUUCUCCCUGAUGCUGCUGGGCAAGAUCGACACCAUGGUGGUCGAGCGUGCGCGGGUGGCGGUGCUCGAUGCGGUCGCACCCCUGCUCGACGCCGCCUCGCGGCCGGUCUCCAGCAUCAACACCGCCUUCGACGAGGCCCGCUCCCUGGCGCGCCUGCGCGAGGAGAACGCCGCCCUGCGCGAAGAGGUGCAGCGCCUGUCCGGCUGGUACCAGGAGGCGCAGCGUCUGAGCGGCGAGAACCGCAGUCUGCGCAACCUGUUGAACCUGGCGCCCGAUCCGACGCGGCGGGCCAUCUCCGCCCGGGUGGUCGGCGAUCAGGGGAGCACGUACGUACGCUCCGUUCUGGUGGCCGCCGGCGCGCGCGACGGUCUGCGCAAGAACCAGGCGGCGCUGACCGGCGCCGGCCUGGCGGGGCGGGUCGUCGAGGUGGGCUGGCGGGCCGCGCGGAUCCUCUUGAUCACCGAUAUCAACAGCCGUAUCCCGGUGCUGGUGGGCCAGGCGCGCGACCGUGCGGUGCUGGCCGGCGACAACUCGGAGACGCCGGAGCUGCUCUAUCUCGCGCCCGGCACCUCGAUCAGCCCGGGCGACCGGGUGGUGACCUCGGGCCACGGCGGCAUCUUCCCGGCCGGCCUGCCGGUCGGCAUCGUCGUCGCCGUCACGGAGAAGGGCGUACGCGUACGUCCCUUCGCGGACUGGUCGCACAUGGAGUUCCUGCAGCUCGUCGACUACGAGCUGCCGGAGCUGAUCCGCGGCGGGUCGGAGCAUAAGACGGGCAUGGAACGGGUCUCUCUCUGGCAGCGCCUGGAUCUCGUGGCGCGGGGCCUCGCCCCGCUGGCCAUGACCUUCCUGCUGAUGCUGCUGACGGUGCUGCCGCCGCGCGCGCAGGAGAUCGCGCCGGUCAUGCCGGCGCUGGUGCUCACGGCGGUCUACUACUGGGCCAUCUUCCGGCCCGACCUGAUGCCCGCCUGGCUGGUUUUCGGCAUCGGGGUGCUGCACGACCUGUUGACCGGGGCGCCGCUGGGUCUGGGCGCGGCGAUGCUGUUGACCGCCUAUCUCGCGGUGGCCGCGCAGCGCCGCUUCUUCGCGCAUGCCACCUUCGCGCUGCUGUGGGCGGGCUUCGUUCUGGUGGCCGCCAUGGCGCUGACCGUGGAGUGGCUGUUCGGCUCGCUGCUCCAGGUCCGACUGGUCGACCCCUUGGAGACGCUGCUGCGCUAUGCCGCCACCGAGGUGGCGAUGCAGAAGGUCCGCCACGAGGAACAGCUACGUCAGAGCAGCUUCACCCGCCGCUCGCUGCUGUUGGGCGGCGGCAUGUCGCUGAUGCUGGCGACCCUGGCCGGGCGUAUGUACGUGCUGCAGGUCGAGCAGUCCGACCGCUACGCCAUGCUGGCCGAGGACAACCGCAUCAACCUGCGCCUGCUGCCGCCGACCCGCGGGCGCAUUCUCGACCGCUUCGGCGCGCCGGUCGCGGCCAACCGUCAGAACUACCGUGUGUUGCUGGUGUCGGAGCAGGCGCCGGACCUCGACUCGGUGCUCGACCGCCUGUCCGACAUCGUGCCGCUGCUGGAGGCCGACCGCGCGCGUAUCCACCGCGAGGUCAAGCGCAAGCGCAACUUCGUGCCCGUCACCGUCGCCGAGAACCUGAGCUGGGACCAG